AUGAUACUAGAGAAAACGAAACCUAUUCCAUCCCGUUCGUCCUCCUUGUAUGGAAAGCUACUUGAUCACAAGAUAGAUCCAAAUGACCGAUCCCAUGUGCGCAUAAUGAUCGUAAACAGCGAGUUCUAUCGACGUAACGAGGUCAACCUGCCCGGCAAACCUCGAUUUGAUAGCCAGAUCAUCUGA